ACGCGGCCGGGCUGGGCCGGCUGCGGAGGUGGAGGCACAGAAAGGCGGCUGGGCUGGGAGCUGGCCGGCUGGGAGCACAGCCCAGGAGCUCAGCAGAGUCGCUCCCACAUCCCUGCGGGGCACAGAGGCAGUUUGAAGGAGGGAUGAGACUGUGCAUUUGAUGUGCAGCUGGGAGGGACCUGAGUGCAACAGAGGCCAGAUUUAUAUUUCAAAGGGAUGAGAGAAGCAGUCUGGAAAAAGCCCAUGAUUUGAAUUCCAGUGGUCAUGCUGCCCUGAGAGAAGAGCAGCAGGGAGCAGCCUGUCGCCUCCUGACACCCAGCAUGGCAUCACCCAUGAGGAGUUUGCUCGCUGAUCCCGACAGAUACCUCCAGUCAUUCCGCCUCUUCUUGGAGAGGUCCACGGAGCACCAGAGCAUGCAAGAGUUCAUGGAGAGGCAGCUGCCGGCCGUGAUAGCCAGUGUUGGAAAUGGGAAGUCUACAAUCAAUGUUCUAAGUGUUGGUGGUGGAUCAGGUGAGAUGGACUUGCAGAUCCUCUCAAAAAUCCGAGCCAGAUAUCCUGGGGUGACCAUCAACAAUGAUGUGAUAGAGCCAAGUGCUGACCAAAUCUCCAAGUACAAAGAGCGUGUGGCUCAGGCAUCAAACCUCGAGAACACAAAGUUUACCUGGCACAAUGAGACAGCUUAUGAAUAUGAAAGUCGAAUGAAUGCAGAAAAGAAGACUAAAAAAUGGGACUUCAUUCACAUGAUCCAGAUGCUCUAUUAUGUGCAAGAUAUCCCAGCAACUAUCCGGUAUUUCCACAGCCUCCUGGAAUCACAGGGGAAGCUCCUCAUUAUCCUGGUGUCAGGGAAGAGCGGCUGGGAAACGCUGUGGAAGAAGUAUGGGUCUUUUUUUCCUUUAGAUCUUUGCACUUUUGUUUCCUCUGCUGAUUUGCCAAGGAUGCUGGAUUCAGCUGGGCUGAAGUACCAGCUCUACGAGCUCCCAUCCCACAUGGACAUAACGAGCUGCUUUAUUGAAGGGGACAAAGAUGGGGAACUCUUGCUGGAUUUCCUGACAGAAACACUUGAUUUUGCUAAAACUGCCCCUCCUGAACUAAAGCAUCAGGUAAUGGAAGAGUUAAGAAAGCCUGGGUGCAGUGAAAUCAAAGAUGGGAAGGUGAUUUUCAGGAACAACCUGGGUGCAAUAGUGAUUGAGCCAUGAGUUAACCUCUUCUCCUUGAUCC